GCGCCCCCGUGUCAUUUCCGUCCGUAUUGCGCGAUUCAGAGUCGGACGAAGAGAUGUAUAAACGCUCGAUGGAAGCUCGUCUUGACUCUGACAAUCUCCUGCUUGCUUCGACGAAACCGGCUAACAGUAAAGUUGUUCGGGUGACGCUAGAGUUUUGUCACGAUCUCGACAAGUGAUAUGUUAUCAUUGCGCAAAGUCCGGAUGUUCGUAUGGGGUGAUAUUCCGGAGACGAAGGCGGAGAGGGCACUGUUGCUCAAGAUCGAUUGGUUUAUCUUGUCUUAUUGCUGUCUCAUGUACUUCACCACCUAUCUCGAUGGGAGUAAUGUAGCAAAUGCAUAUGUUUCUGGUAUGAAGGAGGAACUUCACAUGUAUGGAGAUGAGUACAAUAAAGUCAACACCAUGUUCACCUGUGGCUACAUCAUCGGCAUGAUUCCGAAUAUCCUCAUGCUGCAAGUGGUCUCCCCACGCAUCUGGUUGCCGACUACGCAGAUUGCAUGGGGUGUUUUCACUUUCUGCUCAAGUACUGUGAAGACUGUCCACCAGCUUUAUGCGAUUCGCUUCUUGCAAGGCAUCACCGAAGCAUCCACGUUCGCGGGCACGCAUUAUAUUCUCGGAUCGUGGUAUAAGACGGGCGAGCUCGGAAAGCGCUCCGGCAUCUUCACCAGCUCAGGUCUGAUCGGUACCCUGUUCUCCGGCGUACUCCAGGCUGCAGUGUACCAGCAUCUCAACGGUGCAGAUGGCCGGAGCGGCUGGCGCUGGUUGUUCAUCAUUGACGGUGUGAUCACGGUACCUAUCGCGCUCUAUGGAUUCCUCGUCUUCCCGGACGUCCCUGCCACCACACAGGCAUUCUAUCUCACCGAAGAGGAACGCCAGCUCGCUUGCACGCGCCUCGAACCGAGCAAAUCCGCUAGUGCAUUCGACUCAGCAUCGAAUUCGGAGAGUGCUCGCAGAAUCGGCGCACACGGACGCCCCACAUGGGAUCUCGCGAGGAGGGUGCUGAGCCGCUGGCGGUGGUAUGGAUGCAGUCUGCUUUUCGCCGUAUCCGGAGAGACCGAGAGCUUUGGCUCAAACAACCUCAUGGGCCAGUGGCUCGCAGCAAUCGGGGGAUACUCCGUCGAGGAAAUCGAUUACUACCCGUGCGGUGUGACCGCCUUAGGCAUCGCGUCGACGCUCGUCUGCGCGACGUGGACCGACGCGACACGCUCGCGCGCGCGGUGGCCUGUGCUGGUGUACAUGUCUCUGGCGGUGAUCGUCGCAAGCAUUUGUUUAUUGGUGUGGAGCAGCCCCACGGGACUGAAGUUCUUUGCAUAUUACUUGGCGGGGGCGAGUUAUACGGGUCAGGCGACGACGUUUGCGUGGGCCAACCAGAUAUGUUACGACGAUGAUCAAGAACGCGCAAUUGUCCUCGCAUCUAUGAACAUGUGGAACAAUGCCAUCAAUGCCUGGUGGCCGCUCAUCUUCUACCCCGCGACGGACGCUCCACGCUUCCACAAGGGCAUGUGGGCCAUGAUCGGCACGGGCCUCGCGACGCUUCUCGUCACCUUCUUUGUGUGGUACAUGGAGCGCAGGGAGAAGCGGAUGCGCGCUGAACAAAGGGAUGGAGAGCAAGCAAGACAAGAAGAAGGAGCGGGCGAGAAGAGCGAGAAGGAAGACGACGAGAAGAAUCUGACCGGGGCGCUGGAGAAGGAGGUGUUGUGAGCCAGUACAAUGUUCAUUGUUGUGGUUCAAGUUGGUCUUCUUGGACGGGUUCUCGUUUCAUUCGUUGUAGCCAUAGAAACUUGCAACCUUCAUCUUGGUUCUGAACUUCAUUUCCGAUGUGGCAAGCUAGCCAGUAAAGGACACAGCGAAGGUAUAUAAAUUCCUGGCCAAUCCGAACGAGCAAAACGAACGUUAUCAUACAUAUACAACAAGUUCGAGAUCUCAGUACACAUCGAAAUCCAUUAUUCAAGCUCGCACGAGCGCAGACGCCCUACACGUCAUCCGCCCAGUCCGUCGUCUGCACUCUGCGCAUGUAUUCCUUGACCCACGUCGGCCGCCUCUCGUGCACCUG